AUGGGCCGUGAACUGUGUGUGCUGCUGCUCCUGCUGCAGUUCAGCUGGCCGGCGGGCUGCCGCGCUGCUGCUGCGCCGGUGCCGGCCUGCUGCAGCACGGCGCUGCUAGUUGCUGCCAGCCUCCCCUCCGACGCGGAACUCUUUUUGCUGCUGCGCUCCUGCCUCGCAAUAGCAGCAGCAGCAGCAGCACCGAGAGAAGCUGCUGCUCUCCUCACCCACGCAGUCCUCAAGACUAUGCUGGCAGCAGCAGCAGCUCCCCAGGCCAGGCCCGCCCACUCUUCCAUUCGGGGCGUCGACAGACUCGCACUUUACUUGGAAGUGUACGGGGCGCUGCUGGAGGGCCUGCUGCCGUUCGGGCCGCAGGUAAGGACGUUGUGCACGGAGGUGUUCUCUCUGACGUGCACAACAGCGGAAGCAGCAGCAGCAGCAGCAGCAGCAGCAGCAGCGCCAGCAGCAGCAGCAGCAGCAGGAGGCGCCGCCGCUACCGCGCCCAGCAGCAACAGCCGCCGCAGCAGCGUCUCUGUUGCUGCUGCUCUCAUUCGCUACAAGCUGGUGCUGCCGUCCGAAGCAGAUUUGCUGCUGAGCCAGGAGAUCAGCAGCAGCGAGAGACAUAUUGCUGCUUUCGAGUUUGCUGCUGCGCUGCUGCGGCUGCUGCAAGAGCAGCACUGCUGCACCCGAACCGAAUGGCCUCUAACCCUAGCAGCAAUUGCUGCUGCGCGAAUUAGCAGCGAGCAGCAGCACCUCGAGGAAACCCGAAAAAGACUUAUGGAGGGCUUCAAGACAGAGAACACCCCAGAGGAGCCUUUGGUGUACAGUCUGCUGACGCUGAUGCAGCAGCACCAGCAGCAGCAGCAGCAGCAACAGCAACAGCAGCCGGUGGUGCGUCAGCUGGCGUGUCUGCCGCGUGUUUCACCGCAGCAGCAGCAGCUGGUGGAGCGUGUGUUUCGGGACUGGCUGCUGCUGUGUGCUGCGACGUCUGGGGGCGGCGCAGCAGCAGCAGCAGCAGCAGCAGCAGCAGCAGAACGCAGCUUCAUUGUGCGGGCGACAUUCUUUCAAAGAGUUUCUCACCAGGGGCUGCUGCGCAUGGACAGCCACACAGAUCGUUUCUUUGCCGUGUCUUUGAAGCUGGCCGUUGCUGCUGCUGCUGCUCCGCUGCAGCCGCCGCCUCCGCGCGCAGCAGCAGCAGCAGGAGCCGCAGCAGCAGGCGGCGCAGCAGGAGGGUCAGCAGCCGUUGGUGAGGGCCUCUCUGCUGCUGCAGGCGGCGCUGCAGCAGGGGAAGGCAGCGGCUCGCCGUCCGCAGCGUCGCCGGCGGCCGCAGCAGCAGCAGCAGCAGCAGCAGCAGCGCGGGGCCCCGCAGCGCAGCCCGCAGAAGUCAGCGACUUGGGGGUUUUCAGCGUCGACGGAUUCGUUAAAAUGGUUGUCGGAAUGAUGAGUCUUGUAGAUCCCAACCAAAUAUCUCCAGUGACAAUUCUGCAGCGCGCAACAGCAAUACAGCGGGCGUACUACCGGCUGUUUCUGCUGCUGAUAAAAGAACUGGUGGUGGACUUGGAAGCAAGGGGACAGGAGAAGCAAGCUUUGGGGUGUCUGCAAACCCUAGGAGAGCGUUUGCUGCUGCUGUCUCCGCUGCGGGUUCCGAGUUUCGCGUUUGCGUGGCUGGACCUCGUGGGGCACCACUUGCUGCUGCCGCGUCUGGCGCGCUGCAGCAAGCUGUGGGGUUUGCUGCAGCGGCUGCUGGAGGAGCUGUUUGGGUUUCUGCGGCCGUUCAUGCUGCUGCAGCAGCAGCUGCUGACGCCUGCAGCGCGGCUGCUGUACCGGGGCGCGCUGCGGCUGCUGCUGGUGCUGCUGCACGACGCGCCGGAGUUUCUGGGGGACUGCAGCAGCAGCAUUUGCUGCUCGCUGCCGCACACUUGUGUGCAGCUGCGGAACUUGGUGCUGUCGGCGUUUCCGAGAGCAAUGCGUCUGCCGGAUCCCUUUUCUGCUUCCUUGAAAGUUGAUUUGCUGCCGGAAGUUCGGGACACUCCUGCUGUUUUGUCUCCGUAUUUGCUGCUGCUGCACUCGCGGGGUCUGAAGCAGCUGCUGGACGCCUACUUCGCGCGGCGGGACCCCGCGCUGCUGCCGCAGCUGCUGCCCAAGCUGCUGCUGCCGCGCGCGCCGCAGCCGCAGCCGCCGCCCCCCGCAGCAGCAGCAGCAGCAGCAGCAGCGAGCAGCAGCAAGUACGACACCGCGGUGAUCAACGCCUUCCUGCUGUACCUGGGCAACCACGGCCAGCAGCCGCGGCCGCCCGCCCCCCCCCCGCAGCCGAGCAGCGACUGCGACCCAGCACCAGCAACAGCAGCAGCAGCAGCAGCAGCAGCAGCAGCAGCAGCGCAGGAGGUGGUGGCGUACGUCUUCAGGGCCAGCGACGUCGAGGGCCGCUACCUGCUGCUCUCCGCCAUUGCCAACCACCUGCGCUACCCAAACGCCCACACCUUUUUCUUUUCCUGUUUGCUGCUGCAGCUCUUCGCAGCAGAAGAGGAGUUUGCGAAGGAGCAAAUUACCCGCGUGCUGCUCGAGCGCCUCAUUGUGCACAGGCCCCACCCGUGGGGGCUGCUCAUCACCUUCAUUGAGCUCAUCAAAAACCAGCGGUUUAAUUUCUGGAGCUGCUCUUUUGUGUCUGCUGCCCCCGAGGUGGAGAAGCUCUUUCAGUCUGUUGCAGAGACUUGCCUUGACCAGGCCUCAGACCAGCAGCAGCAGCAGCAGCAGCAGCAACAGCAGCAGCAGCAGCAGCAGCAGCAGCAGCAGCAGCAGCUGGCGCAGGCAGCGAGGUAG